AUGGCGAGGUUUUUGAGGCCUAACAUCCGCAAUUUGUUCUCUUUGCAGCUGAGAAUGUCAUCCGACCAGCUAGGGGAGCUGGGUAAAGGUGCAGGAAAAGGCGGCGGAGCCGGCGGGUCCAUCCGAGAGGCAGGAGGAGCCAUGGGAAAGAAACAGGCAGCUGAGGAGGAAAUGUACUUUAAGCGCAAGGAGCAAGAGCAGCUGGCUGCACUGAAGCAACACCACCAGGAGGAAAUCGACCACCAUAAAAAGGAGAUCGAGCGUCUGCAGCGGGAGAUCGACCGUCACAAGGGGAAGAUCAGGAAGCUGAAGCACGACGACUAA